AUGUCUAGCCACGAGCGCUAUACCAAAGUGAUGAGAACGAGGAUACAGUCUGUCAGGCAGCGGAACACAUCGUCGAAGCACAAGGCCCGGAGACAUUUCUCCGAAUUUUUGCAUCCGUUGUUCGAAGGUCAACAUACUGUCAACAGCAUUGGCCGCCAUAUGGAGCCUCAUGCGAAUAAUCCCCCACAACGUCUGAUCAUCAGGGUAACGAAAACCACGACUGUGGAAAUAACACCUGACAAUCACACGGGGGCGUCCCGCCCAUCCAAGGCUCGUCAAGUCCCACCUUUUCACUUCGGCACUCAUGAACUGAUGUCUACUGCACACCAGGUGUCUUGGGUGGAGGCUGGGCCAACUGGAGGUGCCAAAACCGGCACCUCAAGAGCAGCCAAACGUCAUGGAUAA